UGGAGUUUUAUUUAACCUGGACUUUGUUUUUUGCAACGACACAUGGAGAAACACAGACCGGAAGUUGUAAAGACAUGUUACAGGGUUAUCUAACAGGACAGCUGUCGUCUGCUUUAGGAGCAUAUCAGGUAGAGGCUCUGAGGCGAGAAUUCAAAAGUUUCUCUGACGUCAUAGAGGAAUCUAUGAAAAGGUUCAGGGAGGAAGUGAACGCUACCAUACAGGAAAAAGAAAGCAAAACUAAAGGAAACAGAAACAUUGUUUACACAAGAUGGGGAAAGAAGACUUGUCCCUCAAACGCAAAACUUAUUUAUUCAGGAUUCGUCGGGGGAUCCCAUUAUUCACAUAUGGGAGCAGCCGUAGAUCCUCUUUGUUUACCGAGGGAUCCAGAGUGGGGGAAGCACGUGGAUGGAAUAGAUGCCAGAAGGGCUUAUGUAUUUGGAGCAGAGUACGAAACGGAUACAUUCAUAAGUCAAUAUGCUUCAUACCAUGAGCAUGACGUACCUUGUGCUCUUUGUCUUGUCCAUGAUAGAUCUGUUGUGAAAACAUUUCCAGCUAGAGAAAAUUGUUAUAAGGGCUGGAACCUCGAGUACCAGGGAUACCUAAUGGCUGGGUAUUACAAUCAUUCGGCUGGCACGAGCUACACUUGCGUGGAUAAGAAUCCCGACACCUUGCAUGGCGGCCAUGCUAAUAAAAAUGGCUACCUUUUUUAUUUUGUGGAAGCCAGAUGUGGUUCUUUGAAAUGUCCACCAUAUGUUGAAGGAAAAGAACUACUUUGUGUCGUCUGUUCGAAAAAGUAA